AUGGAAGAGAAGGAGUCUCGGGGUCCAGCUGGGAAGGGCAACCGCAGACUGAGGUGCAAUUGCAACAGCAGCUGCAGGCGCGGCCGUGGGCAGCUGCAACAAUCCACUUUUGCAUCCUGCUCUGCUCCUGCCUCCUUCUCGUGCCUGCGUCCCUGCCUCCUGCCUUCCGUCGAAGCUCUACCUUACACAGUACGUACCCAGGUCCUGCUGCGCUGCGCUGAGGCAUCCGCAAUCCUCGUCCUCGUCCUCGUCCUCAUCUCAGGUUCACCCGCAACCUCGACCGCGACAUCAACCGAGACUUUGCCUGUUCACCUUUCCUCCGUCUGCUCUUCUUCUCCUUACCUACUAGCAAUACGCAAUACGCUUACGGAUACCCGCCUUGAUUACCUUACUCAGGCAAACCAAGAGACAAUCGACAGCGGUGAUCCGAUCCAGCAACGCUGCUGCCUCUCGUCCAUCCGCCUCCGCCUCCGCCUCCCUCCUGCAUCGCUACCAAGACCAAGCACGCAUACGGAUACAGAGCACUUCAAGGGCAAGGCACCGACCUGCUGCUCCGUGCCUCCCAGCCUCACAAAGCUCACACCCUUCCCGGAUCCAUCAAACCCACUCACCCACCUGAAAGGACCCUUCAUCGUUCACCACCAAGUCCCACUGCGCUGCACAGCACUGCGCACAGAGACGAGGCACAAGUCUACACCCAGUCUACGGGCACGGAUACGUACCUCGCCGCCAGCUUCUGGAACCCCGGACCUUUCGAGGUUGACCCUGUGCUACUACCACCACGGCGCCGCUACCACCUACCAAGUACCAACCUGCACCUUGCCUGGACCUGGUCCCGUCAGUCUUCUCGCCUCACCUCACCUCAUCUCACCUCCAACCGCCAAAUCAACCGACUGUUGCUUGCCUCCUUCUUUCUCUCCCACAUCGCCUCUCGACUGCUCCCACGUCCACAACACUUCGACCAUCACCUGUAUCGCCAUCCUCUCGUCUCCAAUCCCAACACGUCCCCAUAAGCGUCCCUGCAAUUACCGAGUCUCAAUUCGCUCGUUAUACGCAAUGUACCUCAAAAUGCGAAUACCACUCGACUUCUCCGCCGGUUUCCAGACCGGCUACCCUGCGACAUUGCAACGUCGUGAAGAAAUCGACGGCAGAAAAAUUACCACAAUUGUCAUCCUCGGUGUACUGGUUCUCCUCAUCUUUAUCGCCUUUGUCGUCUUUUCCCUCCGCGCAUCUCGGCGCUCUACCCGCGGCAACAACAAGAAACCUGGCGGCGGUGGCUUUUUCAAAUCAAUAUUGAAAAAUGGUGGCAGAAACAGAUACCGCCAGGCUCAGGAUGAAGACUCCACCUCUACCGAGCGACUGACCGACCGCCGUCGAUCCCGCCCCUCUUCUGUCGCAUUCGAUGCCUCGGCCGAUCAGUCGCAGGCCGAUGCCCGGUCUCCCAACAGCGCUGUCAACCGCAAUACUUCGAUUCGUUCGAUUAUGACGCUGCCUGCUUAUCGGCCUGAUCCGAACGAAACCGAGCAAGUUCUGGGUCGCGAAGGUGAACGCGGUGGUGUCGAUGUGGUUAUCGAAUAUCCCACGGAAGAAACAGAGGAGGAUUUGCGUGAUCAGGAGAUGGAGGCUCUUUACCAGAUUCGCCUAGCCCGCCGUCAAGAGCUUGCUGAGCGGGAGGAGCGGAGAGUGGAGCGCCGGGAAGCUCGGGAACGUGGCGACUUUGUAGCUCUGGACAACAUCCGAUCCAGAGCUCGGGCUGCCAGCAAUAACAGCGUCGUCGCUGUGCUCCGAGAAGAACAUGAACGCCUGAAGAAUGAACGUCAGAGAGCUGUUUCCAGUGUUUCCUACGCCGACCUCGGUGUUGCUCGUCACGAUGGUACACGACUUCGCGCCAACAGCAAUGAGAGUGAGAGGAUGGGGUUGCUGUCAGACUCCGCCAGUAUUGCGGCCACCUCAAUCCGAUCUGGGGCCGGAUCAGCCAUGAACCACAGGAGAGGCAGCUCUGUAAUGAGCAUCGAAAGCGACCUACCUUCGCCGGGCUUCGCUUCUAGAUCACAGGCGAAUUCUCGACCAGAUACCCCCCGCCUAGAUACCCGAGCAGGGUCCAGCCCGGACGUUGAAGCUGACGUAGGAGACGCUGGUAUGCCCAUCUACUCUCCACCUGGAUACGACGAAGUCUCGCUGGAUGACGAGCGGUCCAGGAGCAACACCCCUCAACCUGGCACUGAGCCUCCGCCGACGUACCCCGGCCCUGCCCAGCAACGAUCGGAGAGCAUUGCCUCGAGCAUGGCCGACCUGGCUGCAGAUGAGCAGACUACGAACAACUCCGCAGACUCGCGCCGGAGCUCAAGGGUACCACGACUACCUAGUUUACGAUUGCAGCAAGUGCCGCAAAUCGUGAUAGAACCUUCCAGUGCCAGGCCUCACGACGAUAGGUGA